CGAAAGCAGCAGCGGUGGCGGUAGCGCGCAGCAGUAUCGCUGCCAGCUGCUCGCGAACAAGCGACCGGUCGGAGAGUGAGAAGAAAGUAGGAGAAGACGGAUGCAAUUUAGAUCGCUGGCGCCAGCCGACGCAGUCGAGUCGCAGCCGACGUAUUAAUCUCGCGCUGGUCGUCGGCCAAAAGAAGCCAUCGAGCCUAAGCAUAAUAUGAUAAAUCUCGUGACGUCAUCGCACGUGUUGCGAAUGUGAAUGCUGCCGCCGCUGCUGCCAACGACCGACAACCGCGCUCCGGCGUGCUGUCAUCGUCUCUGAUGAAGCCUGCGACAUCUGCCCACGCACACGUACCGGAACUAGCGCGCCGUGGACUCAUCGCUCCAGGAAGCGAAAUCUAACAGCGAUUAGAACCGACCGCUAGUAAUGUAGCCCGCGUGCCGUUAGAUUCGCCGUAUAAGAGUGAACGAAGGCAGAAUCGACGGCAACUGCAGUGGAUAAAGAAGAUGCUGCGGAUGAUGAUGAUGACGAUAAUGAUGAUCACGCGGGGAAAUCGGACAGGAGAGAGAAACUCGACUUGGAUGGAAAAGUUCAGAACGUUGGCGAUGGAAGAGACGAUCGGGCUGCUGCUGCUGCUGAUGCUCGCCAUUCCUGCGACGUCGUCGGACUGCUCGCGCGUCGGUGGCGCCCUCUCGCCGUGCGAGUGCCGCCGCUUCCGUACGGGCGCCGUCAGCAUCUCCUGCAGGAACGUCGACGCGGCCGCCAUCUUGCCGCGAAUUAAAGCCGUCAACGUAAGCAUCGGUCAGCUGUCGCUGUCCGCGAGCAAGAUGGCGACCAUCCCGCGGCAGGCCUUCGGCGGACUCAACCUCUCCAAGCUGAUCCUGCGCGACGGGGGUGUGGAGCGCGUCGACCAGCUCGCCUUCGCGGGCCUCGAGGACAGCCUCAUCUUUCUUGACCUUGGCGACAACCAGCUGCGCGCCGUGCCACGUGCCGCGAUCCGACCGCUGUGGAUGCUCACCGUGCUCAAUCUGCACGACAACCGGAUCGAGCAGGUGCGCAAGGACGACCUCGCCGGAUUGACCGAGCUGACGCAGCUGCGUCUCUACAACAACAACAUAUCGCGCAUCCACGCCGACGCCUUCGUCGGCAUGCGGCGACUCGACUUUCUCUCGAUGUACAACAACCGGCUGCCGACGAUACGCGCCGGCUGGUUCCGCGACAUGGCCAACAUACGCGACGUGCGUCUGUACGGCAACAGCAUCGGCAGAGUGCCCGACGACGCUUUCAGACAGCUAUCGAGCCUCACGACACUCUACCUGUAUGCGAACGAGAUCGCCAGCGUCACGAGUCGGUCGUUCGGCGGCCUGACGUCGCUAACCGAUCUCCGCCUGUGGCAGAACAACAUUACGCAGCUGCCUGCGGACGCGUUCGACGAACUGGUCAAUUUGCGCUACUUGGACGUGCAUCUGAACAGGCUCGAGAGCAUACCAGCGGGCAUCUUCAAGAAUCAGCGCAAGCUCAACUACUUGACGCUGUCCGACAACAACAUCUCGCUCAUCGAGCCGGGCGCCUUUCGCGGACUCGACAGCAUCGAGUUUCUCUACCUAUUCCAGAACCGACUCGGCGCGCUGCACGCCGACACGUUCGCCGACGUGCCGAGUCUCGUCUACCUGCACCUCGGCGACAACGCGGCGCUGCAGCUGCGCGCGGGCAUGUUCGCCGGCCUGCGCAGCCUGCAGCAUCUGUUUCUCACAGAGUGCGAGCUGACGCACGUGCCCAACGGUACGUUCGGCGGCCUGCGGCAGCUACGGAAUCUGCACCUGCAGACGAACCGAAUCGCCGCCAUGCCGGCGGGCCUGUUCGCCGACACGCCAUCGCUCGUCAAUCUCUAUCUGAAGGAGAACGCGAUUGUCGAGAUCGCGUCGGGCGCCUUUGUCGGCCUGACGACGCUCAAGCGACUUGAGCUGCAGCGCAACCGACUGACGCGCAUCGCGCCCGACGCGCUGCGCCACCUAGCGGCAACGCUCGAGUACCUCGUCGCGAGCGUCAACCGGCUGAGCGAGGACGCGUUCCACGCCGUGCGGCGGCUCGCGCGCCUGCAGUUCCUCGACCUCAGCUACAACGACAACAUCCGCCUGCUGCCAGGCUGGGCGCUGUCCGAGCUCGCCGCACUGCAGUGGCUCAAGCUGGACAGCACCGACCUGGCGGCAGUCUGCUGGGGCGGGCUGAGCGGGCCGACGCGUCUGCUGGAGGUGACGCUCAACAACAACCUGCUGCGGCACGUCAGCGCGCACGCGCUCCCCGCCGACGUCGACGAGAUGCCGCAAAGCCUCGAGCUCGACGGCAACCCACUCGUGUGCGACUGCCGCAUGGAUUGGGUUCCCGCGGCUGCCGUCGCCACGAACAUCUACGGCAAGUGCGCCGAGCCGACGUCCGUGUCCGGCAGACAGCUGAGCGAGCUUCAGCUAGCCGAUCUCAACUGCACGUGGGACUACAUUCCGCUGCAUCCCGACUGCGACGUCGGCGACGUCGCCGCGCCGACGAACGACUUCGCCGUCGACGUCGGCGCGGUAACGGACAGCGGCGUGUCGCUGAACUGGAACGUUUCCGACGAUGUCGACGACGUGUCGACGUUUCAGGUGACGUACACGGUCGCCAACGACUCCGAGGAGCUGCAGGUGGCGCUGUUGACGAACGAGACGGCGCGGACGUACAAUUUCACGAAUCUGACGCCGCAGACGACGUACUACAUAUGCGUCGUCAUGACGACGACGACCGGAAAGCAGCGAUACGACUGCUUGACGCUCGAGACUCGACCGACGCCGACGACGACGACGACGACAACAACAACAACGACGACGACGACGACGACGACGACGACGACGACACCGCCUCCGCCGCCGACCCCAAAGCCUUUACCAAAGACGACGACAGCGCCGCCGCCGACGACGCGUAAGCCGAGCAUCAUCACGCGACACAACACGGCCAUCUUGACCGUGUUCGGCAUCUUCUUCAGUAUCCUGUUCGUCUGUCUCAUCGUCUACGCGAUCUACUCGAUGGCCGAGAACAAGAAGGCGAGAGAGUUGAAGGAGACCGAGCGCCUAGCGAUGGCACAGUACGAGGCGAUGAACCAGGAGGUCGUUGUCACCGUGUGAGAGAGCCAGUCACCGUCUGAGAGAGCCAGUCACCGUGUGAGAGAACCAGUCACUGUGUGGUGAGAGAGCCGCGGCCACCGUGUGAGAGAACCAGUCACUGUGUGAGAAAACCAGUCACAGUGCAAAAGAAUCAGUCACUGUGUGAGAAAACCAGUCACAGUGCAAAAGAACCAGUCACUGUGUGAGAGAUCCAGUCACCGUGUGAGAGAACCAGUCACUGUGUGAGGGAAGCAGGCAGUGGGUUGUCAUGACCUAUAUUAACCGAGUGAUGGUAGUGUUGGUUACUGUAACAGAAGACCAGGAAGUGGUGGUUACUGUAACAGAGGACCAGGAAGUGGUGGUCACUGUAACAGGGAACCAGGAGGUGGUGGUCACUGUAACAGAGAACCAGGAGGUGGUGGUCACUGUAACGAGAGCCAGGAGGUGGUGGUCACUGUAUUAACGAAUAUUACGCGGCCUGCAAGCAGGAGUGCGCGUUACAGCCGUUGUGUUCGAGUAUGUGAACACACUGCGAAUCAAUCAGUUGCAUGUACUCAGCUAUUCCUUCGUUCGGUAGCGUGGUAUCGGCGGAGAGGAAAAAAAACCAGAGAGCCGUAUGUUUUCGCAGCAACGAGCUGCACUGUAAAAGCCGUGAUAUUAAUUCGUAUUUGUGUACGUUACUGAACAAACGCAGAUGCAGUUGGGUCAGCAAGUAUGUCUCCUCAACGCUCAGCGAACCGCUUUACGCUUUCUUCAUAACGCGUCAAUUAGUGGCAGCCAUAGUCUAUGGGAAAUCAUGGAAAUACGCACGCUUAUCCGCCCGAAAGAUAAGUGCAUCGAAUAUGUAUCCCGCAGUGAAUCCCCAAAACAUGACGAGAAAACUGGGCCGCUCUGGCAUUCGCCAUAUAUUAUCGGUUUUCUUAGUAAAAUAAAUGCCGAGGUUUUCGAGUUUCUAAUUCGACAACACAAUUACCGGUACAGUCAGCGUGGCUCAUAUAGGGUCUAUGUCCCCAGGGUACGUUCUGGCAGUACCCUGGGGGACAUAGACCCUCUCAGCGUCAGCGUGCUCGUCUCUGUGUUUGCUGAGAAGCAAAAAGCGUCAGGAUAGUUAUAUUGCGUCGUGGCUCCGCUUUCAUAUUUUGCAAAAUCUGCAUGCAUCGUCAAUGUGCGGUCGACGCUGUGUGUGUGUAUGUGUGCGUGCGCGCGCGCGCGCGCGCGCGCGUGUGUGUGUGUGUGGG